CGCGAUUCGCGAAUAGUCGGCGUCUGUUUUGUUACUACCAGGGCUAGCUCCCAAGCACGAGCACGCGAAUCCACGCUGUUAGCCUUUAGGAGCCCGGCGCCGCGUCUGACCUCUUCGUCGUUUCCCCCUCGUGUCUACCUGUGUUCAUGGCGAUGGAUAUCCGAGACCACUCGUCUCGCUUCUCGCUCUCCACGCCGUUGAUUCCGUCGACACAUGGCGUGACGAGAUUCCCCCACGCUAUCUGUCGUUUCGGAUUGGCUCUCACCUCUGUGGUCCUCCUGGUCGCGGCCGUCCACGUGGCGCCUGGGUAUUGGUCAAAGACAUGGCUGGGAAUGUGCCCGGCACCGCUGUGCGUGAACGGACGCGAUUUUCCAAGCGGUUCCGGAAUUUCCGGCGCGGAUUCCGGUGAUUCCGCUGGAGCUGGUGCAAGCGCUGCUGCUAUAGCGGAUUUCAUGGCUCUUGUAUCGAAUGACAGUAUAGCGGAGUUUUUGAAAGUCGUGACAAAGCGUCCCCACAUCGCGGGCACACCUGAAAACUUUGAAACUGCCCGAUACGUGAAGGAGAAGCUGGAGGAGUUCGGCAUCGCAGCCCACAACGCGGACUACCCCGUGCUCCUGAGCCGGCCAAUCAGGCAGCGCCUGGCAAUCGUGCAGCCAAUCGCACGCGAGCUGCAGCUGAGGGAGCAGCCGGUGCCUGGCGACCCUUACUCCCAAGACCCUCUUGUAUCGAAACCUUUUUUGGCGUACACUCCUGGGACGAGGGGAAGAGGAGGGGGAGGAGGGAGAGGAGGAGCGGGAGGGGGAGGAGGGGGAGGAGGAGGAGGAGGGGAAGGGGGAGGAGGAGGAGAGGGAAAAGGCAGGGAGGGAGGGGAUGAUGAGGGAGGCAGUGUGCAAGGCCCAGUGAUUUAUGCCAAUUAUGGGAGGGAGGAGGAUUUCGAGGUUCUUAAUGACUUGCUGGGGGGAGCAGGACGAGGAGGGGGAGGGGGAGGAUGUGGGGGAGGAGGAGGUGGGGGAGGGGGAGGAGGAGGUGGGGGUGGUGGUGGUGCUGCUGGAGUGUGUACGGGAGCUAUAGUGCUGAUGCGAUAUGGAGAGAUCUAUAGAGGGGACAAGGUGCGCAAUGCAGCAGCAUGCGGCGCCACAGCAGCAAUUAUCUACUCGGACCCGGCUGACUAUGCCGUCAAUGCCACCUCACCUGGGGAUCUCUACCCCUAUGGACCCGGCCUGCCGCCCUCUGGUGCUCAGAGAGGCUCCAUCUACACUUCCCUCGGUGACCCGCAGACGCCAGGCUGGCCGUCCCGCCCGGGCGGCGAGCGCUUGUCCUUAUCCGAGACGACCGGCAGCCUGCCGCCCAUUCCCGCCCUGCCGCUGUCGUACGGGCAGGCAAAGCUUGUCCUGGAGCUGAUUGGGGGCGCUGGGGCGCCCGAGGGAUGGAGGGGAGAGAUUAAAGGGUUGGAGUACAACGUGGGGCCUGGUCCAGUGGUGCUGGAAAUGGAUAUAGAGGUGAAUGCAACGGUCACCGACAUCCGCAACGUGAUUGGAACGAUUAAGGGCCAAUCAGAACCCGACAGAUACGUGAUAGUGGGCAACCACAGGGACGCGUGGGUGUUUGGUGCUGCCGAUCCCAACAGUGGCACUGCAUGCAUGCUCGAGAUGGCUCGGGCAUUUGGGUCAAUGCUAGCUGCUGGGUGGAGACCGGAGCGCACCAUCGUGUUUGCAUCGUGGGAUGCAGAGGAGUUUGGGCUGAUUGGCUCGACCGAGUGGGUAGAGGACAACGCCCUGCUGCUCUCUUCCCGCGCCGUCGCUUACAUAAACGUCGACACCGCCGUGUCUGGCGCUGGCUUCCACGCUGCUGCCACCCCACAGCUGGAUGACGUCAUCAGAGAGGUGGCCAAGCUGGUGGAGGAUCCAGACAAGCGAGGCCGGUCGGUGUAUGCCUCCUGGGCCGAGAGGACCAACCGCACGGUGCCUUAUACUACCCCAUGUACCACAGCAUGUAUGACAACUACCAUUGGAUGGCGACUAUCAUGGACCCUCUCUUCUCCCGCCAUCAAGCCACGGCUCAGCUCUGGGGCUCGCUUGCUCUCCGCCUGUCAGGGGAUGCUAUACUCCCCUUUAACUAUUCGAAAUAUGCUCUCCGGCUCAAGGUACUCUCUUCUCAGGGGGUCCUCUCUUCUCGCGCCAUUGCGCCACGGCUCAGCUCUGGGGCUCGCUUGCCCUCCGGCUUUCCAGCGACUCCGUUCUCCCUCUCAACUACUCCAAAUACGUGCUGAGGCUCAAGGUAAUGGGCUCUGGUGCUGGCUGCAAGCUGUGGCCGUACGCUCAAUGGUGGCGCAAUGGUGGCUCAAUGGUGGCGCAAUGGUGGCUCAAUGGUGGCGCAAUGGUGGCUCAAUGGUGGCGCAAUGGUGGCUCAAUGGUGGCGCAAUGGUGGCGCAAUGGUGGCGCAAUGGUGGCGCAAUGGUGGCGCAAUGGUGGCGCAAUGGUGGCGACCAUCAGCGACCCCCUCUCAUCCCUCCAUGAACGCCUCGUCGCAGCGCAGCACUGGGGCUUCCUUGCACUCCGGCUAUCAGGGGUCGCUAUACUCCCCUUCCAAUACCCCAAAUACGCGCUCAGGCUCAAGGACUACACCAGCGAGCUCCAGGCUUCGUUACAGUCACACGCAGCCCAGGAACACGUCUCAUUGGGUCCCAUCUGGGACGCCAUUGGCCAGAUGGAGAUUGCAGUGGGGGCGAUCACCAAUCAGAGCGCAGAGGCCAGUGCAGAAAGAGCGAGUGAAAUAGCAAGAUUAGCAGGCGAAACAGCAAGAGGAGAGGGAGCAGCAGCAGCAGGAGGAGGAGGAGGAGGAGGAGGAGGAGGAGGAGGAGGAGGAGGAGGAGGGGGCAUUCCUCCUCUGAGGGACGUCAAUGACCGCCUCAUGCUCGCUGAACAUGGCUUCCUGGAAGCUGCUGGUCUCGGGCCCGGCUACACGUGGUACCGGCACAUGGUGUAUGGUCCCAGCCGUGCCAACGACUAUGGGUCGGUGGCGUUCCCCUCUGUCUCAGAUGCGCUACAGGAUGCCCUGGGGGGAACGGACAGUGCACUGAAUACUGUGGAAAGGACAGAUGCACCAGAGUGGCGUUCUGUGCAGCGUGAGGUGUUUCGUGUGGCGAGAGCGAUUCAAAGGGUGGCCCGACAGCUUGCAGGAGACCUGAUCUGAUCUGAUCUAGUCUGAUCUGAUCUGAUGUGAUCUGAUCUGGUCUGAUAUGAUCUGGUUUGGUUUGGUUGAUCUCGAGUGGGAUAUCGGAAUGUAAUCUAUCUCAAUCUUUGUAGUCUGAUUUGCCACUGGCUGCUUUACUUACUGGUACCACACCCUUUGUAUAGUGUUACCCGUUCUCUUGCUGAAUACAAGAUGGUGGGUUGUAAGGGCGAGUUGAGGGAGGGGAAGCAAGCUGUUGUGAGAAUAUGC